AUGUUACCAGGCAGGGUAGAGAGCUGGGAACGUGAGCUGAAACGUCAUUGGUUGAAAUAUAGAGUGGGCGGGACAUUCUCGCUUGGGGUAUUUAACGCUUUGUUCCAUUGUUACGGAGUGUGUUUUCCAGCUGGUCUGGCUCUGAGGGGGGGAAGUGGGACUCUCUGUCCGAGGACACCAUUGCACUUUUUUUUUUUUUUUAAUUUUUUAAAAACAAUAGGACCUUUUCGUUUGUUCGUAAAUAUGUCUUUUUCUUGCAACCAGUCGUUAGAUGGAAGCUUUCCUCCUUCUCCAGCGGAGGGCCGGGGUUCAAAUCGGCUGUCCUGGGGCAGUCUGCUGCAGAGGCUGACUGAGCUGAAAGGGAUCAACCAGAGGGUCAGAGAGGAUCAGCAGUGCUGCAGGAGUGAAACUGGAUCUGUAGCAGACAUGUCCCUGUCGGAAUCAGACAGCAGCUUCUUCUGUUACCCUCUGGAAGAGACUUUGGCUGCAGAGGUUGUUGCAACUAUCACCCGAAGUCUCACAGAGGCAUCACACAUCCUCGGCUGCUCCAAGCUCAUCCUCCCCGAUUGUCUUCUGCACUAUGUCCGCCAAGAGCUGCUCCAUUUGGCUGUCAGCGAGCCCUGCGGCCUCAGGGGAGCGCUCAUAGACCUGUGCGUGGACCGAGGGGACCAGGAGCCUCUGUGCACCGUGGACCAAAUAGCAGUGGACGCCACCCUGGUUCCGACUUUUCAUGUGACCCUGGUGCUGAGGCCGGAGUCCAGUGGGCUGUGGCCAAAGGUGCAGAGUCUCUUCAAAGGGAGCAAGUCACCCAUCGCAAGGCACCAAGAGAGUCUGAGGCUGAGUACGAGCUUCAGGGCGAUCAAGAGGAAACUUUACAGUUCAGGGGAGCUGCUGAUAGAGGAGUGCUGCUGACCGGUCGCUCAGUCUCCGAUAAACUGGACUGGAAGUCAUGAAAGGAGGCUGCAGAGUAAAGCAUUGUGUGCUAUCCCUUGGCUCCCAACAUGCAGUAAAUAGCACUGUAUCAACACGGUCCUGAAAUACAAAUGUUAUCUCUCUUUGUUGGUAUAUGUUGGUGAAAUUCAAAGGUUUAUGGAAACCAAGAAAGCCUACGUUUCAAGACAGCUGCUCACCUGGUCGCAGGUGACUCAACAGUGAAGACUCAUGUUUAAAAGUGAGUCCGUUGACUUCCUAUGAAUGUAAAAUCAUACCCAGAAGGGAAUGACUUAAGUAUUUGAUAGUCAAAUAUCACCUAAAACUUACAUGUUUUUGUAUCUUCAACGACUUCAUGAACGUGAACAAAUAAAUUAUUUUUUAUCA